AAAUGAUUUUUCCUCAAAAAAAUGCGCAAGCCCCAGCAGACUAUACGCAGCAGACGACGUUCUCCAGAUUUUCAAUAUGGCGGCGGUUAAGUUUGGAUCACGAAUCAAAGAAGUAAGGAUUUUGUUGUGCCAAACGUCGAAAUCCAGUCAAGGGGUGCGAGACUUUGUCGAGCAGCAGUAUGUCAAGAUCAAACAAAACAAUCCAAAUUUCCCAGUCCUUAUACGUGAAUGCUCCAUGAUAGAGCCUAAGCUCUAUGCACGUUAUGAAUUUGGCAUAGAGUGUAAUGUGCCUCUAUCUAAUCUCAAGUCUGACGAAAUUCUGAGCCAGGUACAAAAGCUGGCGGCAAAGUCGUAAGAAGGAUUCGAGCGAUGCAUGUUAUAUUUAGAAAGCCAACAGUGAGUCUGUAUCUAAUCUAGGAUCAUUAAAUUAUCGAAAAAAUU